AGGAAGUGAGAAACCAUUCGUAGGCAGAUCGUCAGGAAGAGACAUGUCCCACCGGAGUCAAUCUCCACACCUGGAAUCCCCACAGACUGUUGACCUGUCAGAUCCUCUGUCUCACAUCUGGACUCGUUGAGUCCCUCAGUGAUGGACCCGCUGGACUUCCUGGAGCCGGAGGAGCUGCUGCGCUUCCUCCACUGUAACAAAACAGAGAUGUCCUGCAUGGAGAACCCGAGCACGUUCCUCUGCCAACUGCGGGACCACGACCUGAUCCAAGAGGUCAGGUACAAGAAAAUGAUUCGCAUGAAGAAAAAAGAAAACAUGAGGACAGCCCUGUAUGACGUGCUGGACUGGGUGGAGCGGGAGCGAUCCCAGGACAUCCACCGGUUCUGGAGAUGUGUUUUCAAAGACACCAUCCUGAACGUCUACCCAACCCUGCGACUGCUGCGUAACAGCCUCAUGGACGGAUCUUUCCAGUUUAACACGCAACUGCCCGAGAAGGAGAAGGAAGAAAUAGAUGAAAGGAAAAAGAAGGAGCUCUCUGAAGAUGAGGAGGAAGAGGAAGAGCAGGUGAGCUCAGUAAAAAAGAAGAGGAAGCUGUCGAGGAGGAGCAUGUGCGAGGAGGAUGAUGAGGAGCAGCAGCCCGGUCCUUCCUCUCAGCUGACUCCACGUCGGAGGAAAAAGUCAGAGAAAGUGUGUUUCUCAUCUCCGAUGAAGAAAGGAGAGAAAAGGGACAUUUGGAAUUGGCCACUUUAUAAGACUCAGUUUCCUGUGACCUGUGGAUCCCAGGAGGGGAUUCUGAGCAGGUCGCGCAUGGCGAAAGGGGAGAAGUGCAUUAUGUUCCAGAAACAGUGGUUUACUCCCAGUGAAUUUGAGAAGUUUUCUGGGAAGGGAGGCUGUAGGAACUGGAAGUCCAGCAUUAAGUGUAUGGGUUCCCCCCUGGCAAGACUUAUAAAGGACGGGCACCUGAAAUCAGCAACAUUCAAAAGACGGGCCAACAGAUCCCUGUUUCUAUCUGAUGGUGCAUCCACAGUGUCUGAGGAAGACGAAGAAGAUGAUGAUGAUGAUGAUACAGAUGAUGAUACAGAUGAUGAUAAUGUUGAUGAUAAUGAGGAAGAUGAUCUGGAAAACCAGGAGGACCGGGCUUCUUAUAGCAACAAAGAGAAUUCUACCGACUUCACAGAUGAAGACGGAGCUUCUGAGAACCAGACGGAGCCAGAAGUGGGCAACGUCUUCAAAGUGACAUGUGGAGGCGAAGCUGGGACUUUACACCAAAAACGAUUUGCAUCAGGUAACUUCACCAUUGAAUGUGGCGCAGAGUGUAUCAGAACAGAGAGGAGCUGGUUGACCCCAAUAGAGUUUUUAGAGGAGGCAUCAAGUCAGACAGGCUUCUGGAAGAGAGAAAUAUUGUGUGAAGGAAAACCACUCUGUGCUCUCAUAGAGGCUUCAGUCUUGAAGAUCUGCCCCCCGCUGUGUGAGUGCAGACUGUGCAAACCAAAUAAAACAGAUCUGGAGGACCAGAACAACGACGAUGAGUGCUGUGUGUGUAAAAGAGAGCAAGACCUGGUGCUGUGUGAUUCUUGCCCUUGUUCCUUCCACCAGAAAUGUCACCUCCCACAUGUAGAUGACAACCUUUUGGGGGACAGCAGACCAUGGAUCUGUACGUUCUGUGUAGCCACUCAGGACUGGCGGUACGGUGAUAAGCUGAAAAUGACAGCAGCCCUCACCCACCAGAUCUCAGGACACAUACUGGAAUGUCAGUACCUCAUCCUGCGUCUGUUCAGUGCUGAUGACCAACAAAUCUUUGCUUCAGACCCACGCCUCAACUUGGAAAGUUACUCCACACGUGUCCAGACUCCGAUGUGGCUGGAAAAAGUUACAGAGAAACUCCAGGGGAAAGAAUACGGAACAGUUGGAGAUUUUGUGUCUGACGUCAAACUCAUAUUCACCAACUGGACCUCGUACAACCAGGCUAACCCUGAACUCCUCGCCCUGGGGGACAGACUGCAGCAGUUAUUUGACACACAGUUCAAAGUCGUGUUUAACAUCGAUGAACAGAGCGGUGCCUGAUGAGCAGGGUUACGUUUUCAAACUCGUUACUCAGUGGGAAAAAAGGCUUAAAAGUUACAGAGAUGCAGUUUAAUAGUUUGAUUUUGUGAAUUUUUUACGGUGUAUUAAUUAAAAUAACUCAGGCGUCCAAACUUUAUCCAACUUAACUGGAGAAAGUAUUUUACAGUGUAGAUUGUAUUUUUUAUCAGUGUAAUUGAAGUUUCAGUAACCCACUGUUCAGGUUAUAACACUUCUUGUGAAGAGUGGUUAUUAUGGGAUACUUCUUACUAUGUGACAACUCAAUUCAGUACUUUUUACCAGUUCACUUUCACUGUAAUGACCACUGUUUAAUAUUUACCAGUGUUUUCCUUUUCUACCCAACUUAGUGACUUCUCCUAAUAUACUAUAAAUAUAUGUAUUUUAAAAUGUAUUUUCUCCAAUGCAUUUGCAUCAUGCAAAAUAUCUGGAUUUCCACGUCACUACACUUAAAUUAAGCAUUGACAUGUUUUAUACAAAUAUAUAAUAUGUCUUUUUAUUUUAUUUGUGCACAUCUGAUAUGAUGUAGAAAUGAUUUAUUCAAAAUAACCAAAUGUUUGGUAACAACAAACAGUAUAGUAUGUAGUAAGUAGUAUGUAUCUACUGUGUGUGUGUACUUUGUAUAUGUUUGUAUGUGUGUGUGUAUUUUAUAUCUAUAUGCUCCCUCAUCACCUCUGCAUUAUAAAGAAAGUAAUUGGACAUUC